AUGCUGGAAAGGAAGCCAGAACUGAAACCGCAGUACCAUGAUUUCAUCAGAGAGUAUAUUGCUCUUGGACACAUGACAGAAGUACCCGAUGGCGAUGUUGAUCGCCCAGAUGCCUGCUAUCUUCCUCAUCAUCCCGUGGUGAAGGAGAGCAGUUCGACGACUAAAGUUCGUGUUGUUUUUGACGGCUCAGCAAAGACGAGUUCCGGUCAUUCAUUAAACGAAGCCCUCCUCGUUGGACCGGUCGUUCAGGACGAAUUGAUCACGAUCGUUUUGCGUUUUCGACAGUUCCCAAUUGCGCUCGUAGCGGACAUCGAUAAAAUGUACCGCCAGGUAUCACUACAUCCCGACGAUCGACCGCUCCAGAGAAUUUUCUGGAGAUUUAACAGUAUCGAGCCCAUCAAAGCCUACGAACUCUCCACGAUUACAUAUGGCCUUGCCCCGUCCUCGUUUUUGGCAACACGGACGCUGCAGCAGGUGGUAGAAAAUGAAGGUUCCAAUUUUCCGGAAGCCAGCCGAGUCGUGAAGAAAGACGUGUACGUGGACGAUUUGAUUUCUGGUGAAAACACUGUAGAACGAACCAUUCAACUACAAAGGGACUUGAUGGAACUUCUACAGCGAGGCGGUUUCCGUUUGCGGAAGUGGGUUAGCAACUCCCUCGAAGUACUCUCAGCGAUUCCUGGAGAACUCCAAGGCACACGAUCCCCCAUGCAGUUUGAUCCUAAAGAAACAAUAAAAACUCUCGGGAUCUGCUGGGAACCGGAAACUGACACACUUUGCUUCAACGUUUCCGUCAACCCGAAGAAUUCGAUGGCAACUAAAAGGGAAAUUUUGUCGACGAUUGCCCAGCUGUACGAUCCUCUUGGGAUUGUGUCCCCCGUCAUCGUUCAAGCCAAAAUCUUGAUGCAACAGCUCUGGCUCCUGUGUUUAGGAUGGGACGAUGAAAUUACCCCAGAUCUUCACCAGUAUCACACGUUUGCGGACGCGUCAAAGGAUGCAUAUGGAGCAUGCCUUUACAUCCGCUCGGAAGACGCCAACGGCAACGUCAAAGUAAAACUACUGACUUCUAAAUCCAAGGUGACCCCGCUUAAACCGAUCAGCAUUCCACGACUCGAGCUAUGCGCAGCUCUUCUCGCAUCCCGUUUGUUCGAAAAGGUAGUGGCUGCCUUGAACCCGAGUUCCUCUCAGAAUUAUUUUUGGUCCGAUUCCACGGUAGUCCUGCAAUGGAUGAAGUCUCCACCGCGGACUUGGAAAACGUUUGUUGCGAAUCGCAUUUCCGAGAUACAAGCUACAACCCAUGGGUCCCUAUGGCUGCACGUUGCAGUGACCGAAAAUCCCGCCGAUCUGCUGUCCCGCGGCUUGUCUGCUGACGAAUUAAUUACCUGCAAAAAGUGGCUUCACGGACCAAGCUGGUUGCACAAACCUAAAGGAAGUUGGCCUAUACAAAAUUUCCCUAGCGCCGGGAUCCCAAUGGAAGAGUUGGAGCAGCGCCCUGCAACUGUUCUCACCCUUCAAGCUUCUGCACCACACGAACUUUUCCUGCGAUUCUCGUCAUACAACAUGUUGAUAAAUGUAGUAGGAUUUGCGUUUCGCUUCAUCCAUAAUGCUCGACCGAAGAACACUCGAAUCUCUGGCCGAGUGCUUCUCGUCCCAGAAUUGCACGCUGCUAAAAUGUUCCUGGUGAGAUUGGUGCAAGCUGAAGUAUUCCCCGGUGAGCUGAAGGUUCUGCGCAAAGAGCAAUCCGUAUCAAAAAAUUCCAAGCUCCGGCUCCUCUGCCCGUGCUUGGAUUCCGAAGGCGUAAUACGAAUUGGUGGCCGGUUACAACUUUCGGCCGAAUCCUACAACAUUCGUCAUCAGAUUGUCAUUCCCGGCUUCCAUCCAUUCACCAAAUUGCUGAUAAUGCAUAACCACAAGAAGCUGAUCCAUGGUGGUAACACCGUAACUCUCGCGGUUCUGAGAGACGAAUUCUGGCCGUUACAUGGUCGCAGAGCUAUAAGGAGCGUCCACCGAAGCUGUUUCAAUUGCCAUAGAGCAAACCCCCGCCCGAUAGAACAACCUGUUGGCCAACUACCCUCCAGCCGUGUCACUGUUAACGAAGCUUUCUAUUGUACUAGAGUGGAUUAUUGUGGGCCUCUUUACCUGAAGCCCGCCCACAGACGAGCAGAAUCACAGAAGGUUUACAUCUGUGUAUUUGUGUGCUUUAGCACCAAGGCGGUCCACCUCGAGCUGGCAGGCGAUUUGAGCACCAACACGUUCCUGAUGGCUCUGAAUCGAUUUAUGUAUCGGAGGAACAAACCGCACCAUAUCUAUUCCGAUAAUGGUACAAAUUUUAUCGGAGCAAAGAAUGCUCUUCAUCAGCUGUAUUCCAGACUUCAGUCAGAACCUGAAAAUGAGAAAAUCACUAAAUAUCUAGCUCAAGACGGAAUACAGUGGCAUCUGAUUCCCCCCCGAGCCCCUAACUUCGGUGGCCUCUGGGAAGCCGCGGUUAAAGUGGCAAAAAAGCAGCUCAAUAUGAUCAAGCCACUUCCCGAACCAGACAUCCGCCAUCUACCGAUGAAUCGACUGAAUUACUAUCAGCGAAUUCAAGCCCAUAGUCAACAGUUUUGGCACCGAUGGAGGUCGGAGUACCUGAAGGAACUUCAAACGCAGUUCACAACAAACGCGAAACGAUGCGACCUUGCAGUUGGCAGCGUACUAAUCCUGAAGGAUGACAGCCUUCCACCGACGCGCUGGCCCCUAGCGCGUAUCCUGGAGGUCCACCCCGGACCUGAUGACAUCAUUCGUGUGGUGAACCUACAAACCUCAGGAGGAGUACUGAAGCGAUCAGUAUCGAAGAUUUGCCCAUUACCCAAGGAAGAAGAAUAA